AUGCCCGUACCUCACCGCGAGCCACUACGCCCACGAGGAUUGCAGCACAGCCCCUCGGGCGCCACCGUGACACGCCUGGGCAGCCCCAUUCGACUCCAUGCGGGCUUGCAGCAUGGGAGCUGUUCGAUGUACCGCGAGCACGCGAGAGUGUACGGCAUUUCCAGACAGGCGGGAAAGGAAGCACAUGGUCGCGGCCGGGCUGAGUUCCAAAAGCUCACAGCCCAAAUGGCCGUCACUGCGGGGCGCUCGACGCGGCCUAGACGCGUGGCAGAUGCGACCGCAUGGUCGUCUGGGUGGACGCAAGCCACAACCGACUUCAUGCACGCUGCAGAUAAGACCUCGUCGAUGCUUCCAGCAGGAAAUUUACAGGAAACAACAGCGCAGCGACAGUAUGACUCGCCACUCCAUGUCGAAGACAGCAUGAAGAAUGGCUCCGAGAGGCACAGCUUUCUGAAGGGAUAUUCUUUGGGCUUCUUCGCAACGAUGGCCAAAGUCUCGCAACCGGAGCUCAAGCGCUUCCUCGACAAGCGCAUCGCCGUCAACAUCCAGGGCGGUCGCAAGGUGCAGGGCACGCUGCGCGGCUUCGACAUGUUCCUCAACCUCGUCGUGGAUGACGCGAUCGAGCAGGUGCAUCCCGACGCCGGUAACCCCAACGUAUGGCAGGAUGGCGACCGAUGCGGAACCGUUGUCGUCCGAGGCAACAGCGUCACUUCGCUCGAGGCGCUAGAGAACAGGAAGCAGGCUCAGUCGGAAUGGCUUUCCGAGUCGGAUGGACGUUCCGGAAUUUCGCCAACGCUCCGUUCUCCACACAAACUGAGCGCCGCACACACGCCGACCGCGAUGGUCAAGGACUUUGUGCAUCAGUCGAGCUACGAUCAUUCGUGGUCGUCGUGCGUGCGCUCGUACUUCCUACGCUAUCCCAAUCCGAGUGCGUCGCACGUGCUUUCGGUAGAUGUGAUCGAUCGCCGCAUCGAAUACCGCCCUGUUCGGAGCGGGUCAUCCUCGACGCCCAGUUCGUCGUCCGUGACGCUCGACUCGCAAAUCGACACGAUCCCAGUGCUUUGCACGACGCGACUUAUCCUCAAGCGCGGCAAUCUGCCCAAGUGGGCGCCGUCGGGCAUCAUCAAGAAUGCCGAGAGCUGGGUGAUGGAACAGAGCGAGGUCGAGCUCGACCUCUUCCCGCCCAGAGCAAGCGCAACUUCACAGGCUUCCAACGAUGAUUCGGCGCCGACUCCGCAGCUGGAUACGAGCCUCAAGGGACGCACCAAGAACGGCAGAGCGAUGCGGAGCUGGACGCGCAACCUCGAUCAUACCACCGUCCUGGCAGUGACCGAGGGUCUGGUGUACAAGGAGCGCUUUGGCUUCAUGCUCCCCAGCGAGGCAAGCGAGGGCGAUCGAAAGAAGAGCGCGGCUGGUGCCGAGCAAGCAGUGUGGCGCUCCUACUGCAAGACGUUGACGACAGCACAGAUCGAGUCGCAGAUGAGCUUCGGAAUGCUGCGGCGACGCAUCGAAAAGUUUGGCCUGGCGCGUUUUGUUGCGCACAAGGACACGUCUCAACAAGGCAUCAUGUGGACGCGCUCCCAGAUCAUGGACGGCGACGAGCAGCGACUGGGCUCGACGAAGCGCGGAGACGACGUCUUGCAGCGCACCUCGAUGCCGCAGAAGAGGAUCAAGCUGCUGGAAUCGCUGCGACCGCCAUUCCUGGACGGCUAUCCGCUCGGACCGUGGCAGAAGCUCAAGAUGUGGUGGUACUCGGGCCACUACUCGCAAGUCAAGGAGUUGCAAGACGGCUAUCUCAUCGAGCGAGACGAGGAUGAGGAUGUUGAUGCGGACGGCAAGAGGUCCGGUUCGGCGGCCGAGUCGAGCAGCGAUGGAAGUUCUAGUGGCGAGACAGAGCUGCGUUUCCGUGGUGCCGAGCAGGAAGGUCCUUGGGCCGAGCUGAGUGGGCGUAAAGGAAAAGGCGCGGUAUACAGCGAUCAGGAUCGCAACAUGGAGGAAGGUGUGUUGAACCGCGUGCGUUCGCGCUUUGGUUUGCCUCUGGUGCAGCCUCCUGCGGCAAACGAGGCCGAGUUGGCAGGGAGAAGGUCGGGCAUCAUUGCACAGGCGCUCGUGCGCGCAAGGGUCAAGGCCAAGUCGCUUCUUGGCUUUGACGAGGACGAGGUGCAUGCGAAGCAGCAGACCCAGGGCAGGCUCGCACAGAUCGAUCGCGACCGUACCGUGUAG